AUGGCGCCCCCUGACCUCCCCGUGCAAGGAACCCCUCUGGAGAGGAGGGCCAGCACUCUGACCACUGAACCAUUUCCCUGGAGCUGGCCUUGUCAGGUACAUUUGCUGCCAGUAUGUUCAGUUGCUGGUGGCUUCUGUGUGGGUGAUUCCCAACCACCCCUCCCCUGCUGCCCCAGAAGAAUACAACUGUUUUUGUUUGUUUUUAAGAGCCAGUGGGGGGUGGGGGGGGGCGGGAAGAGCCAGUGGUUUCUUUUCAGAAACAUUGUGGACUUUUUCCUGUCCUGGUGCCAAAUUGUGGACUUUGAUAGCAGGCAAACUCUGUAUCUUGUGUCUGCAUCUGCUGCUUAA